AGUAACUUGCUAGAUGCUAUAGGGGUUUAAUCAAACAAUAGCCUUGUUUCCCUGCAGAUAAAUUGCACUUGCAUAAUUUCUCCCACAGACCUCCCAAAGUACCUAUUGCGGUGGAAAUUUUGUUGCAAAACGAGGCCUGGUUUUAGCCUAUCUCGUCUCAUCCCACAAGGAAAUACGAUAUAAAAUUAUCACGAUAUUAUCCCUUUGGUUUAGUAGCACUUGCAUUUUCCAGCAGACCAACAAUGCCGAUUCAACACCCCACUCGUUCAAUUUUGCGGUCCAUCUUGGACUUCGUUAUGCUAAUUGUUGUUUUAAUUUUCACCGGACCGUUUGUUAAAAUAUUUGAUUAUUUCAGCAUGAGUAGUCGAAAUUGUUUUACAACUCACAAAAGACAUGCCAAAAAGGUUGCAAACGUCCAAGCCCAAGUUCGACGAUGGAUUCAGGGUGGGAGAAAAGGUCAAAUGUGCUCGGCGAGACCAGGGUGGAAGAGCUUCUCGAUCCAUAAAGUUGACAAACGAGGCUUCUACCAAGUGGAGGUGGAUUUAAAUGACAUCAUUGAAAUCGACGUGGUAAAAAAGAGGUUAACCAUUGAGCCUGGAAUGAUGAUGGGACAACUAACCAAAAUACUUACUGAUAAGGGAUUUACCAUUCCGGUGGUUCCAGAAUUGGAUACUUUAACAGUCGGUGGACUAAUAUGUGGGGGAGGUAUUGAGACGAGUAGUCAUCACCAUGGAUUAUUUUCAGAUGUUGUGACCUCUUUCGAGUUGGUUACGGCUGAUGGCGACGUUCUGAAUUGUUCAGAGACUGAAAACUCGGAUUAUUUCUACGCUGUCCCUGGUUCUUCAGGGACGGUUGGGUUUCUCACUUCCGCCACGAUACCUCUCAUCCCUGCUGGAAAGUACAUGCAAAUCGAGUACGUCCAUGUCGAUUCGAUCCCCAACGCCGUGAAGCUAAUGCAGCAAAGGAAUAAGAACCACGCGUACGUGGAAGGCAUUAUUUACUCGAUGACCGACGUAAUGCUCAUGUUUGGCGACAUGACCUCCAAUCCGUCCGACCCUUCUCGCAUAAAUUAUAUUAAUCGAUGGUACAAACCGUUUUUUCACAAUAUCGUGGAAAAUGUGAUGAACAAUAUAAAAUCGUCCAAAAAUAAUGCCAAAUACAUUGAAUACUUUCCUCUCCGUGACUAUUUUCAUCGACAUUCGCGAGGAAUGUUUUGGCAAGCGGAGAAUACAUUGCCUGCGUUGAGUAACCCACUAAUUUUGCUUCUCUUUGGGUGGUUGCACCCCCUAAAUACGCAUGCCGUUUGGAGACUGCUUCCAAAAUUUGUGAUCAGAUUUAUUACUGGUGAUCAACUCCUUCAAGAUUUUUGUGUCCCAACUGUAAAAUUGGACGAAUUUCUGCAAAAAUGUGACACGAUUUUCAAGGUUUACCCGAUUUGGCUUUGUCCCGUGAAAAUGCAAAACAAAUCAAUGGCAAAGACGCCAGAGAUUUACGGUGGGGAUUACAUGGAUCUUGGAUUUUAUGGACCUCCUAUCAACUCAGAGCACAGCAUUUCUGAUAGAAUUCGCGAAUGUGAACAGUACAUGUUAAAAAAUAAUGGAUUCCUUGGAAUAUAUGCGGAAAUAUUUUUGACCAAAGGAGAAUUGCGCCAAAUCCAUUGUACAGCUGCGUACGAUAAAGUUCGUAAUUCAUCGAGCAGUUGCAGGCAAGGUUUUCCAGAUGUUUUCGACAAGAUUACGAGACGAAUUAAAUAGUUUUUUGAAGCAAUUCAUGCUAAUUCAUAUGUACAUCAUGUGAAAAAUAAAACCAUCUUUGCCCAAAUAAAUUUUUUUAAUGUGAAGUC